AUGGGAAACACCACCAGCGACCGGGUGGCCAGGGAGCGCCACGGCACCAAGGCUGCACACGCCGAGGGCUCUGGCGGCCAUGCCCCGGGCAAGGAACAUAAGAUCAUGGUGGGGAGCACCGAUGACCCCAGCAUCUUCAGCCUGCCGGAUUCCAAGCUCCCUGGGGACAAAGAGUUUGUAUGAUGGCGGCAGGAUUUGGAGGACUCCGUAAAGCCCACACAGCAGGCCUGGCCCACUGUUAUCCGCUGGUCUGAAGGAGGCAAGGAGGUCUUCAUCUCUGGGUCCUUCAACAAUUGGAGCACCAAGAUUCCACUGAUUAAGAGCCAUAAUGACUUUGUUGCCAUCCUGGACCUCCCUGAGGGAGAGCACCAGUACAAGUUCUUUGUGGAUGGACAAUGGGUUCAUGAUCCAUCAGAGCCUGUGGUUACCAGUCAGCUUGGCACAAUUAACAAUUUGAUCCAUGUCAAGAAAUCUGAUUUUGAGGUGUUUGAUGCUUUAAAGCUAGAUUCAAUGGAAAGCUCAGAGACAUCUUGUCGAGACCUUUCCAGCUCACCCCCAGGGCCUUAUGGUCAAGAAAUGUAUGUGUUUCGAUCAGAGGAGAGAUUCAAAUCCCCAUCUAUCCUGCCUCCUCACCUUCUCCAAGUUAUUCUUAACAAGGACACUAACAUAUCUUGUGAUCCAGCCUUGCUCCCUGAGCCCAAUCAUGUUAUGCUGAACCAUCUCUAUGCAUUGUCCAUUAAGGACAGUGUGAUGGUCCUUAGCACAACCCAUCGCUACAAGAAGAAGUAUGUCACUACUCUGCUGUACAAGCCCAUCUGAAGGGAUUCCUUCCUGCCUCCCAGGAUUCAGGAGAAGCAUCUCCCUUGCCUUUCUGGACUAGACCAGUCUUACCUGGGACUGGAAGGCUGAUUUGCUUUGA